ACACUGAUCAGUUGCUUAACGGAUUCGGAGUAGUGCUCAUGCUUGGUAUGGAUCGUCAAAUUGUUAUAGUGCUGCUGUUGCUGGGUUGCGCCAUGCACAGCGUUUGGUCGCAGACAACGGAGAUCCCGGAGACAACGGAGACAACGGAUGCAACGGAGACGACGGAGAGUCCCAACUUUUCGUGCUUCACCUAUGAAGGAACCGAAGUCGAUCUGGAAGGUCUCUCGGGCUAUUGGUUUGAGGUGGCGCGUGCCCCGGAUGUGGAUGACAUGCAGUGCGUGAAUUACGAGCUGCCAGCCAGUCCCAACGAGAACAAUAUGCUGGAGCUACAAGUGGAGUACGUGGACACCACCAAUGGCCAAUGGGAGUCGGCCUCGGAGUCUGGCUCAUUGGCCUGGGACGACAAUGCCAAGAAUGGCAUCUUCACCUGGUCCAGUGGGGAAGUGCCGGUCACCUACAAGCUGGUCAGCACGGAUAAGACCACUUACGCCUUUCUCUGCGGCUACAUGGGCAUCGCACCCGUGCCGAUCUUCAAGGUGUGGACACGCCAUCGAAAUCUGAGCGUCGAUGAAAUGCUAAUCAUCCAGCAAAAGUUCGUCGAUAUUGGACAAGUCGAACAGCUCGCCUGGGUGGAGCAAUCGCUGGAGAAGUGCAACAAUUCCGCCAUGCGCACGGCCGGAGGUGCACUUGUCGCCUUCGCAUUGGUGCUUAUUCUUAGAAAUAUUUAAGAUGUUAGUGAAGAAGAUUGUGUAAAUUUUUCAUAGUACAAUUAACCUACAUAAUAGGAUAAACCGCAAGAUUGAAGUUCGACUAAUUUAAAAUAAGGAAAUUAAAAUGAACGGAAGGAUUUUGAAUUCAAUAUUAAUU